AUGGCUCAUCCUCAUCGUCUCCCAUGGCACGACGAAUUCGAGGGCGCUAUCAUGCGACAGCUGCAACAGGAUCUUGCACCAACAAUAACCCGCCCUUACUGCCCCGGCUGCACGAAGUCCUUCUCAAAGUUCCACCGCGCCAUCACGGUUCCGCGCUGCCCUCACAGCCAUCAGAUCUGCAUCUUGUGCGCUCAAGAUUGGUUCUGCACCCACGACGAAUGCCCCACAUGCGGCUUCGGCACCCUACCACUCUUUGAGCUACGCAAUCGAGCUGUGGCUCCAACAUUUGGCAGAGAGGAUCCAUGCACACAGAUCUUGGACCGCGAGGCGUACGUCCAAGAACCACCUUUUCACGACCAUGAGCUCGCUCGCAUUCACCCGCACUCGAUGCUCCAGAUCUGCUUCACUGAUGGGGAGGUCACAAGACGUGGGAGAAAAAAUCAUCAACGUGCGAACGAUAGACGUGCAGCGGGACAACGAGUGCCACCCGAGUUGGUGGAGGAAAUUCAAGAGUACGAUUUCCAUGCUAUGCAGUACUUCAGGUUGAGGGACAACAGAGGAGAGCCGGAUUGGAGCAGAUGGGACGAACGGCAAUAUCAGGAGAGUUGUAAGUUUCUGAGAGAGAUUAUAAUUCAGCCUGGAACGAUCAAUUUCCGUGGCCCUCCUCCGCCAGGUUUCCCGGACAUGAGGCGGCUGCCAGGUUCGACUGCGACGACUGGUGGAGUCAAUCAGCCCAGUGCUCCUGCAGCUGUGGCCCCGGACAUGAUGCUUCCAAGUCCUGACACGAGCGAUACGGAGUUUUAG